AUGUUUGGUAUUCGUUCAAUUCUGUACUUUAUUCCAAUUGCGGCUUCAGGGGCUUAUUUUAUUUCUUCUUCAGCAAUUGAGAAUGAAUCGAAGAGACACUUUUAUGAUGAUGAUGCAGAUAUAGUACCCAUUCCUGGAACUAUCGUUCCUACCACACAGGAACAGCUGAGAGCUUUGGGGACAACGACUAUAAUCGGAGGUGCUUCAGUUCGCUCGUCUAAAUCUUUGGAGUCAUUUUUUCAAUCUACUGUGGAUUUAGCUGAUAGGAACCUUCAAAAAGGUGAACUGUAUUUAAAUAGUAAGUAUCAUGACUACAAUGAAACUGAAAGAAGCUUUACCACCACUGUCAGCAAGCUCCAUGAUAGGAAUGAAGACUUGCUUCCUAACUCACUUUAUAUCUUGAUAGCGUUCUUAUCCGGAAAUAUCAUAGCUCGUCAAAGGGGAAUUUUUGCAAGAGCUACUGUCCCAGUAUUCUUGGGAUUAGCAUCAUUCAAGUAUUUCUUGCCUCAUACCUUCAGUAAUACAGCUAGUCUCUUUUGGAAUCUUGAACAACAAAAAUUACCAGCUCUCGCAAAGCAGCAAGAACUUGCUGUGGAAAAGACCGACAAAUUGGUGCAUAAAAUUGAUGAGAAAUCACAGGCCACCAAAAAGCGUUUGGAAGGAUCUUUACUGUACGUGAAGAGAAAACUAGUUGAUUUUAGUGGCUUGAACAUCGACGAAGAAGUUUCAAAAAAAUAA